CCAACGUGGAGGAUACAUUGAUUAUUAAUAUUGGGUAGCGACUAGCGACCUUCCAACUUUUGGGUGCACCUCACUCACUCCUUUUUCAAUUUCCAUUUCAGCUCUGCGCUUCAAGCUUCAAUCCACCAACAAAGAUUUUCCCUGAAUAUGGGGGCCAAGCAUUUGGCACUGGUUUUCUGUUUAUGGGCUGUAACAUGUUGUUCACUUCUUCCUUCUUUCUCAUUUGGACUUCUGAGAGUUGGUCUGAGCAAAAGGCCUCUUGAUCUUCAAAGUAUUAAUGCUGCUAAAAAGGCGAGAGAAGUCUUAAUGUCUGGAAGGCCAAUCAUGGGUGCAUAUGAGAAGUAUUUUGUUGGGUCAAAUGGUGAAGAUAUAGUACCUUUGAAGAAUUACAUGGAUGCUCAGUAUUUUGGCGAGAUCGGAAUCGGCACACCUCCACAGCCCUUUACUGUCAUAUUUGAUACUGGCAGUUCCAACCUUUGGGUUCCAUCCUCCAAGUGCUAUUUUUCUCUUGCUUGCUAUACACACAAUUGGUACAAGCCAAAGAAAUCUAAAACAUACAUAAAAAAUGGAACAUCAUGUAAAAUAGCCUAUGGUACUGGAUCAAUAUCUGGUUUCUUCAGUCAAGAUAGUGUUAAAGUCGGUGAUGCUGUUGUCAAGAAUCAGGAUUUCAUUGAAGCUACUCGUGAAGGAAGUCUUACCUUUCUGGCAGCGAAGUUUGACGGCAUACUUGGGCUUGGAUUUCAAGAGAUCUCAGUCGAGAAAUCAGUGCCAGUAUGGUACAAGAUGAUGGAUCAAAAUCUUGUCAACGAGAAGGUAUUCUCUUUCUGGCUCAGUGGGGAUCCAAAUGCGAAAAAGGGUGGUGAACUAGUUUUUGGUGGGGUUGACCCUAAGCACUUCAAAGGAGAACACAUUUAUGUUCCAGUUACUACAAAAGGUUACUGGCAGAUUGAGAUGGGAGAUUUUUAUAUUGGAGGUGUUUCAACAGGUGUUUGUGAGGGUGGCUGCGCUGCAAUUGUGGACUCUGGAACAUCCUUGCUUGCUGGUCCAACUCCUGUUGUGGCUGAAAUCAACCAUGCUAUUGGUGCUGAAGGAGUUCUGAGUGUAGAGUGUAAGGAAGUUGUCUCUCAAUAUGGAGAGUUGAUCUGGGAUCUUUUAGUGUCAGGGGUACAACCAGGAGAAAUAUGCUCGCAAGUUGGGUUAUGCUCUAGCAAAAAGAGUGUUGGGAUUGAGAUGGUGACCGAAAAGGUUCAGAGUGAGGUGUCUGCCAAAGAUACUCCUUUGUGUUCUUCUUGUCAGAUGCUUGUGAUUUGGAUCCAAAAUCAACUAAGUCAAAAGAAUACGAAGGAUAGAGUAUUCAACUAUGUAAAUCAACUUUGUGAGAGCCUGCCAAGCCCAUCUGGAGAGUCAGUGAUAAGCUGUGAUAGUCUUUCUCGGAUGCCAAACAUUACCUUUACUAUUGGCGAUAAACCUUUCGUUCUUACACCAGACCAGUAUAUCUUGAGAACUGGAGAAGGCAUUACAGAGGUCUGCCUUAGUGGGUUUAUUGCUCUUGAUGUUCCUGCUCCAAGGGGACCUCUCUGGAUUCUUGGGGAUGUUUUCAUGAGGGUCUAUCACACUGUCUUUGACUACGGGAAUCUCCAAGUUGGUUUUGCUAAAUCUGCUUAACCAGAUUUAUGGAGGAUUAUCUUCCAUGAUGUUGUAAUAAUAUUGCUCGUGUUGUAAUUUGUAAAGCAACUCUUAAAACUUGUUACUACUAUAUUUCAGGUUCACUUUGUGAUUCCACAAAUGUAUUUAUGAAUGUAGGAUAAAAUAGUAAAAUACUGUGCUUUUUACAUUAAGAGAGUUUCAUUUCAUUCCAUGUUUAA